GUUUCUUCUCUGUCCUGGGGUGCGUAUAUUAAUUCCGCCGAAAAAUAUUUCAUAAACAGAAGAAAACGGAACGAAACGGGGAGGGUCCUACCUGAAGUUGUCCAAUAGAAAAUUCGCUUGCUCUGUUGGCGUCGGUAAACGGUUUCCGUAAUGAAUACGCCCCUGUCCUGUGUCUGUGUUUUUCGGUAGGAUAUGGAAACAUGGCGAGCGUUGAAAUAGCAGCGGAACACGAACGCAUCCUACGGGAGAUAGAGAGCACAGACACGAACUGUAUCGGGCCGACACUCCGGUCUGUGUAUGACGGCCAGGAACAUGGUUUGUUUAUGGUGAAGCUGGACGGGAGGAUUCGUAACCAUGACAGAGACAUUGAAAAGAUGUGUAACCACCAUUUCCAAGGCUUCGUUGACUCCAUCACUGAACUACUCAAAGUCAGGGGAGAAGCACAGAAACUCAAGAGUCAGGUGACUGAGACCAACCAACGUCUCCAGGACGAUGGGAAAGGGCUGUUAACCUAUAUGGAUGAGUUGAGACUGUGUCGCCUGCAACAGAGAAACAUCGCCACAUCCAUCGACAAGUUCACACACUGCCUACCAGUGUUGGAGAUGUACAACAAACUACAGGAACAGAUGACUCAAAAAAGGUACUACCCAGCGCUGCGGACUCUAGAGCAGCUGGAACAGACGUGUCUCCCCAGAGCGGGCCAGUACAGGUUCUGUUCCAUCAUGUCUGACAAUAUCCCCAGACUGAGGACCCUCAUCAGUGAUACAGCCAUGUCUCAACUCAAAGACUUCCUGGAGUCUAUUCGGAAGCACAGCGACAAGAUAGGAGAGACCGCUAUGAAACAGGCCCAGGUCCAGCGCUCUCUGGACAGCGCUGUGUCACUCCAACAGAGAGCUGCGGUUGGUCGACGGCUGAGGAAGGAGGCGGGACUAGGGGCGGGGACUGACAUUGACGGACAGGGCAGCAGCCCAAUGUCUGAACAAGACUCUGGAGUACUGGAUGUAGAGGAUGAGGAGGAUGAAGAUGAGGUACCAGUGGCCCAGGAGUUGGUAGACUUUUCUCCAGUGUACCGAUGCCUCCACAUCUAUACCGUUCUGGGUUCCCGGGAGCAGUUUGAGAACUACUACAGGAAUCAGAGAAGGAAACAGGCUCGCCUCGUACUGCAACCCCACUCCAACAUGCACGAAACCUUGGAAGGAUACAGGAGGUACUUCAAUCAAAUAGUAGGGUUCUUUGUGGUGGAGGACCAUAUUCUCCACACUACCCAGGGCUUGGUGAACAGGGCUUAUGUAGAAGAGCUGUGGGAGCUAGCACUGUCCAAGACCAUCGCUGCCCUGCGCACACACUCCUCGUACUGCACUGACCCAGACCUGGUGUUGGAUCUGAAGAAUCUCAUUGUGCUGCUGGCAGACACACUGCAGGGCUAUGGGUUCCCAGUGUCUCAGCUGUUUGAUAUGAUGUUUGAGAUGAGAGAGCAGUAUGGAGAGAUAUUACUGAAGAAAUGGAACCUCACAUUCAGGCAGGUGUUGGACCAGGAUAACUUUAGUCCCAUCCCCGUGGCAACAGAGGAGGAAUACAGACAGUUCACUUCCCAGUUCCCCUUCCAAGAUCCUGAACUGGACAAGCUUCCGUUCCCUAAGAAGCUUCCGUUCUCUGAGUUUGUUCCUCAAGUCUACUCUCAGCUCAAAGAGUUUGUCUACGCCUGCCUCAAGUAUUAUGAAGAUCUGCACCUCAGCUCUACAGAGAUCGAUGAUGUGAUCCGUAAGUCGACCAACCUGCUGUUAACCAGAACGCUCAGUAACUGUCUACAGUACGCAAUGAAGAAGAAGAACGUAGGACUGGCUGAGCUGGUUCAGGUGAUCAUCAACACGACCCAGCUGGAAGCAUCAUGUGUUUACCUGGAGGAGUUCAUCUCCAACAUCACUAAUGUUCCCCCCGAUACCGCCAACGCCACCAAGCUCUACGGCACGUCCACGUUUAAGGAUGCGAGGCAUGCAGCAGAGGAGGAGAUCUACACCAAUCUGAACGCUAAGAUCGACCAGUUCCUUCAGCUGGCAGACUACGAUUGGACAGCAGCCCAGGGGGGCGGGGCUCCGAGCGACUACCUGAGUGACCUCAUCGCCUUCCUCUGUUCCACCUUCUCUGUCUUCACACACCUGCCGGGUAAAGUAGCCCAGACAGCCUGCAUGUCAGCCUGUAAGCAUCUCUCCACCUCUCUGCUCCAGCUGCUGCUGGAGACAGACGUCCGACAGGUGUCUAUGGGAGCUCUGCAGCAGUUCAACACAGACGUCAAGGAGUGCGAGAGGUUUGCCAGAGCGGGGCCGGUACCCGGCUUCCAAGGAGACACGCUGCUGCUCGCCUUCUCUGAUUUGAGACAAGUAAGUCUUUGUUUUUCUUUAUUAUAGCACUCCCUCUCUCUU